GAGGGAAAAAAUCGAUUAUUUCGCCUCGUAGUCUACUAAGAGAGGAGAGGGUUUAGGGAAAGACUCGGUCAGGAUUGUGGGAAGGAACAGAAACAGCCUCUCAACAUCACCGACAACCUCCAGACGUCCAGCAGUAGCUACACCAGCUCCACCGCCGCCACACCGCUGCCUCUCCGCUCCACCGGCACCGCGCAGAGAGACCAGGCGAAGCGUCCUCGCCGCCUCCUGAGCAGACACUGUCCGAUCAGAGAGAGAGAGAGAGAGAGAGAGAGAGAGAGGGAGGGAGAGAGAGAGAGAGAGAGAGAGAGUAGUUUUCUCUGACAUUAUAGAGACUCCUACCACGCACUGUAGGUUACUUUUUUUUUCCUCCCGGCGACGUCCUCUGCUAAGUUGCGCUCCUGGAUUUUAAGUGCGUCUUGGCGAAGUCCGUCCCCAUCAAGCAGCGGCUGCAACCUUCCUGUCAAUCGGCCGGACCCAAACAACCGGUGGACCGCUCGUUCUACCUUUCACUUCACCCGGACAAGAUUUCAUGCGAAAUAAAGUACGGAUGCUGGAAUCUUUGAGUUGAUUGGAACAAAUAGAAAGCAGAAAAAAAGGCAGAUAAAGGAAAAGCAGAAGAGUGAAGAGAAAGAAGAGAAAGAAGAAAGAGGAGAGAGAAGAAAGCAUAAAGUUCUUUAGAAAGAGGAGAGAAAGAAAGAGACGGGGACGAUGGGGAGGAAAAAGAUUCAGAUCACGCGGAUUAUGGAUGAGCGCAACAGACAGGUGACAUUUACAAAGCGAAAGUUUGGCCUGAUGAAGAAGGCGUAUGAGCUGAGUGUGCUAUGUGACUGUGAGAUUGCCCUGAUCAUCUUCAAUAGCACCAACAAGCUGUUCCAGUAUGCCAGCACAGACAUGGACAAGGUCCUGCUUAAAUACACCGAGUACAACGAGCCCCACGAGAGCAGGACCAACUCCGAUAUUGUGGAGACAUUGAGAAAGAAGGGCCUAAACGGCUGUGACAGCCCAGACCCCGACGCAGACGACUCGGUCGGCCACAGCCCCGAGUCAGAGGACAAGUACAGGAAAAUAAACGAGGACAUUGAUCUGAUGAUCAGCAGACAGAGACUGUGUCAGGCCGUGCCCCCAUCAAACUACGACAUGCCCGUGUCCAUUCCCGUUAGCAACCAGAACAAUCUAAUUUACAGCCAUCCAGGUGGUUCCCUAGGCAACCACAACCUGUUGCCACUGGCACACCAUGGCCUACAGAGAAACAGCAUGUCUCCUGGAGUUACACACAGACCUCCCAGUGCAGGUAACACAGGUGGCCUCAUGGGUGCUGACCUCACCACUGGCGCAGGCACCAGUGCUGGAAAUGGAUAUGGGAACCACCGCAACUCGCCCGGUCUGCUGGUCUCUCCAGGUGGCAUGAACAAGAACAUGCAGGCGAAGUCUCCCCCACCCAUGAACUUGGGCAUGAACAACCGCAAACCUGACCUACGUGUGCUCAUCCCUCCUGGCGCCAAGAACAACAUGCCCUCCAUCAACCAGAGAAUAAACAACUCUCAGUCUGCUCAGUCAUUGGCCACCCCAGUGGUAUCAGUAGCAACUCCCACUCUACCAGGACAAGGCAUGGGUGGUUACCCAUCUGCCAUCUCUACUUCUUAUGGUACCGAGUAUUCUCUGAAUAGUGCAGAUCUGUCCUCCCUGUCUGGCUUCAACAGUGGCAGCUCCCUUCACCUUGGCUCAAUGAGUGGGUGGCAACAGCAACACCUUCAGAACAUGCAGCAUUCGGCCCUCGGCCAGCUAGGAAAUUGCUCUAGCUCUCACUUAUGUCAGGGUUCAAAUCUCUCCCUGCCCUCUGCUCAAAGCCUGCACAUCAAGUCCGAACCUGUUUCUCCUCCUAGAGAUCGCACCAGCAGCACACCUGGGGGCUACGGUGGCGGGGUACCACCUCCCCAGAACCCCUCGUCCCGCCAGGACUCGGGACGCUCCCCGGUUGAUAGCCUGAGCAGCUGUAGCAGCUCCCACGAGGGCAGCGACCGUGAUGAGCACAGGAAUGAGUUCCACUCACCUCUGGGACUGGCCCGGCCCGCCCUGGAUGAACGCGAGAGCCCCUCCAUCAAACGGGUGCGCUUGUCAGAAGGAUGGGCGACAUGAUAGCUCUGUCCUCGCCCUCGCUGUGCCCCAAGUUGCCCUGAGCCCCCCGACAACGCAGCGUUACGAUGCCCCCCAAGUCAGCUCCCUCCUCUUCUUCCUCUCACUCGAUAUCACGAGUCACUCACCACCCAACCCCAUGGCCUCUCUCCUUUUAUCUCUUUAACGCUGAAGGAAAGAAAAGGGACAACCCUUUUCAAAAAUCUGUUUGUAAUUUCUUUUCCUUUUUUAAUUUUCUUUUUUUCUUUUUGCCGAGUGUGUGUGUGCUAUACAUAUUGACAUUAUAUAAACCAGUGGGGUGUUGUAAUGGGGGUUUGGGAGGGUGGGUGUUGAUUGGGAUGGGAUCAGGGGGUAUUUUUGUUGGGGAACUAUGCAUAAAUUGUAUUGUGUGUGGAUAAAAAGAAUCACGUAUGCAUAUAUCUUUACACGUGUGUGUAUGUGUACAUAUAUGCAUAUCAACAAAUAAACAAAAAAAUAGUCAGGUACUUUGUUUCAUAAAACGUACUUACAAUUUGCCUCAGCGAUAUAUCAGUGACUAGAGACAAAAAAAACAAGAAAAGAAACAAAAAAAAAAACAAAAACAUUAACAUGAGCGUGAGUGUGUCCAGUGGAAAACACCUUAGCACUUGAGUUGGACAAACAAUACAUGUGUACAGUGUCAGUUUCAUUGCUAUAUACCUUCUCUGCAGUUCUCCCUUGCAAAAAUGUGUGUUAACAUUAGAUGAUGUCAUGUUGCAGGUUCAACGUAUUUAUGUAAAUAGAGGGUCAAGGGGGGAAGGGCAGGGGUCAAAAAGUUGCCAGACAUUACAAGAUUUAUUUACUCACUAAAUGAAAAGCUAUUAUGCAACAUUUGAAGGAUUGUACAGGUAAACAGUCAAAUCUGAUGCUAGAUGUGUGGAACCUUUGGUGAUUUUAGUGCUCCACUUAAAGAACGGAGCUGAGCGAGGACCACCCUUUGAUCUAAGAGCUACAUUAGUGUAAUCAAGAAAACUCUGGAUCUAGUAUUAACUAUUCAGUAUUAAUAAACAAAAAAAAAAGGAAAAAUAAAAAACAAUUGUACGAUACACUUGCUUAUAUUUUCAUAUGAAAGGAAUACAAUGCAAAGCAUUUUUGUGGCUUUUUGUAGUUUCUAUAAGCCAGAAUGUGUUUUUUGAUAGCUUUGCUAAUAAGAGAUGGAUAGUUCACCCAGAGGGGAAAUGACAGGGCUUCGAAGCCCUAAGCCAUGAAAAACAGACUGAGAUCCAAUGCUUUGCUGAACUGUUUUAUCUUUGUAGAGGUUUGUUUUUAAACGUGUAUUUCUAAUUAUAUAUAAUAAUGGUAAUAUUAAGAAUCUUUUAAAAAAAAAAUCUGUGAAAUUAACAUGCUUGUGUAUAGCUUUCUAAUAUAUAAAUAUAUAUAAUAAUGAUUUUUGUUGGUUUCUUAGUGGAGUUUCUAUGUGCAGUUGCACAUGUUGUCUGGUUUGUUUCAUUUGAGCCCUGAACAGUGCUGUUCAGGGGUGUAUUUAGUCUAACCUUAAAAACCAGCUGGAAAGCAUUGCCAGGGUUUGUGUGACGGAGGAAAGACAGGCCUGAAUGCUGAAAAACAACCUGUUAGUGGAAAAUGUCACAAGACUGGAACUGGGGAUGACAGAAAUAAAUGUUGACACAUGAUGUACAUGAUUGUCACACUGAUGAGGAAAUAUGACAGAUCCUCAGUUCAUGUCUAGAUGCAUUUUUAUGCAUCAGAUAUUUCAUUCUUAACCUUAAUUAUCUAAUUUAAUAUACCUAAUCUCAUAAAAUAUGUUUUUGACAUUAUCGACUUUCUGUUCCACCUCACAUCUUCAGCACAAUCUUAGCUUGUGUUCAGGAUGGUGUGCAAGCCCAGAUCUAACCCAUACAAUUUUCUUUCGAAUCAUAUUUGUGUAAUAUAAUUUUGCAAGUGUGUUGUGAUUAACUGUCCCUAAUCAUUUCCGAGCCUAAUUUGAUCCUGUGCCGUCAUGUGAAUCCUCAUGUUCCACUCUUCAAAACAGGGUUCCACAUCAUUUACCACGUCACUGACAGUUCAGCGUCAGAUAUACAAGGACAAAUUGAUCAUGCUGGUAUGGGAGAAGCACAAUUGUUUAUUUUAGAUAAAUAGCUGUUUUGAUUUUCUCUUUUUUAAACAAUGAAACUAGCCACAUAUCUCUCUGCCUCCCACUCCCGUAUCUGCUGUCACUUAAGUGUUACGAUAUUUCUAUGUGCAUAUUUCAUGCAGGUUCACUUUGUUGUUACUGUAUACAGUCUGUGUAGUCAAACAGGGGCAGAGCCUCUUUAACGGUGUUCUUCUCUCUUUUCUUUUUUUUUUUUAAUUCAAUACAAAAAGGUUGAGAAAAAAAAUAUAUACAUGAUGUUUCAGGCAGCAUAAGUGUGGAGAAACCAAAGCCAGUGGCAUUUCUGUGUUGUAAACUCAACUUUUAUUUUCACAUUCAUUUAUGGUUUUUGCAAGCAUUGAAACAACACAAUAAAAGAAUUUGCUCAAAUGUACAAUUGGUUUCACAUUUCAAUUUCAGUCAAAUGUAGCUGUAGUUAUCAAGCUGCACUGUCUGUACCAACCACAGCAAUUUAACUGUUCUGUUGCUCAUUUGUCUCCCUGUGCAUUGCAUUGAAAAGGUUACAGGCAAAAAAUGUUUUGUUGUAUUUACAAUUUGUUCCUCACUUCAAAUCAGCAGAAUCAUUGAGGCCUGAUCAUGUGAAAGGCAUGCUUGCUGCCCACUUGAUCAGAGCCCAUUUUAUCACUUAUUAUCACUGCUAUACUUGCUCACUAAUUGAAAUAAUGCCAACAUGUCCUGAUGGUUAAUUAUAGUACUGUAGUUUUGAGAAUAAUUCUAACCAAAGACAUGGAGAAAACUUGUCUUGAUACCUUUGUUUUCUUUUUUUUUUCUUUUUGUUUUUGUUAAAUUGGAAGCCAUUUACUUUCAUCAUCUGUUGAUCAGUUGUUCUUUGUCAUUACUAUAAUA